AUUUCCACCUCUCUCAUCAUUAAUUCUUUCUUACAACAACAAAAAUGGCAUCAGCAGCACGAACUGUGCUCGCCUUCCAGCGCAAUGCAAAGCUCUACUCUCUUCAAACACUGGUCACGGCGAUCCGACCUUUCAGCAGCUUAGAGGAUGAGAAUCGUGAGCUAUUUAAGCAAGGCACCGAUGAAGACUACGCAGUUGUUACAGAAGAGACAAUCUUUCAUCCACAAGGAGGAGGUCAGCCUUCAGAUGUUGGCAAGAUAACGGACGAGGCUGGGGUUUCUUUCACUGUUGCAUCCGCUCGUAUGGAUGCAGUUCGCGAUGGCCAGGUCUUACAUUUCGGAAGAUUCGACCCAGACAAGAAGUUCACAGAAGGACACAAAGUCACGCAAGAAAUCGACGUCGAAAAACGUCUUCUCUACUCGCGAUAUCACACGGCUGGUCACGUCCUCGGUUCAGCAGUCAACCAUCUCCUCAAAGACAAAGUCGAAGGUUUCGAAGAGUUGAAAGCGUCUCACUUCCCCGACUCAGCGUCAUGCGAAUUUCAAGGCCUCAUCGACGGAAAGUACAAAGAACCUAUUCAAAAGAAAGUCGAUGAAUUCUUAGCAGCCAAGAUGCCAGUUGAAAUUGACUGGUGGGACGCUGAUGAGUUUCGUAAGAAUGGCCUUGAACACCUUACCCCAGAUGCAAGCUUUUUGGGACCUGGUGAGACCAAGUUUCGUGUCGUGAGGAUUGUUGGAGCGGAGGUUUAUCCAUGUGGUGGAACGCAUGUAGAUACCACGGACCUAUGUGGUGAGACGACGGUUAAGAAGAUUGCGAGGAGUAAGGGGAAGUCAAAGGUUAGCUAUUUGGUGAAGUGAGGCUGUAAAAUAUAGACAUCAUAGACUCAGCUUGUUGAGACAACUGCUAUAAAUAGACCAUACAUUUGCUACUGUUCCCC